GGAAGCGCCAACGGGGUGGCUGGGUGGGUCAUGGCCCUCUCGGUUCCCGGCUACUCGCCCGAUUUCAAAAAGCCGCCGGAGACUUUGCGGCUCCGACGGAAGAGGGCCCGGAGCCUUGGAGCCGCCGCUGUGCCCAGGGAGCUGCCCGAGCCGGCGCCCCGCCACGCCGCCCUGGCAGCCGGGCUGCCCCUCCGCCCCUUCCCGGCGGCAGCGGACAGAGGCUGCGGCGGCGGCCUGGCCGCGGCCCGAAGGAACCCCUUCGCCCGCCUGGACACCCGUCCGCGGGCCGCCGCGGAUCCCCGCGCCGAGCAGGCGGCGCCGGGCCCGUUUUUAGAUUCUAAUCAAAAGAAUGAUUUGUUAUGGGAAGAGAAGUUUCCUGAAAGAACAGACGUUACUGAAUUACUCCAGACUCCCCACAUAUCAUCCUCCGAAUCUGAUAUUCCAUCCUCAGAAAGUACUGAGUUACCUGCGGACUGGAGUAUUAAAACUCGACUCCUUUUCACCUCUCCUCAACCCUUUACCUGGACAGAUCAUUUGAAAGCACAGGAAGAGGCUCAAGGUGUGGUGCAGCAUUGUAGGGCAACAGAAGUUACUCUGCCUCAAAGUAUCCAGGAUCCCAAACUCUCCACCAAGCUCCGUUGUGCCUUCCAGCAAAGCCUUAUCUAUUGGCUCCACCCUGCCUUUUCUUGGCUACCACUGUUUCCUCGCAUUGGAGCUGAUAGAAAAAUGACCGGAAGGAUAAGCCCUUGGUCAAAUGAUGAAACCCUGCAACACAUUUUAAUGAGUGACUGGUCUGUGAGCUUCACUUCUCUAUAUAAUCUUCUGAAGACAAAAUUUUGCCCCUAUUUCUACGUUUGUACCUAUCAGUUUACUGUCCUGUUCCGUGCAGCAGGAUUUGCAGGAAAUGAUGUAAUCACAGCUCUCAUAUCUCCUACAACUAGAGGCAUCAGAGAAGCUAUGAAAAAUGAAGGUAUUGAGUUUUCCUUGCCUUUAUUAAAAGAAAAUGGCCAUGAGAAGAAAAAAGCAUCUGGAACAAGCCUGGGACAUGAGGAGGAGCAAGUAAUCAGUGAUGAGGAUGAAGAAGAAAGUUUUUCCUGGCUGGAAGAGAUGGGUGUGCAAGAUAAAAUUAAAAAACCAGACAUGCUGUCUAUCAAGAUGCAUAGAGAGAAACAUGAAGUGCAAAUGGAUCACAGGCCCGAGUCUGUUGUGUUGGUGAAGGGAAUGAACACUUUCACAUUACUAAAUUUUUUGAUCAACUGUAGGAGCUUAACUGCUACCUCGGGUCCACAGGCAGGACUUCCACCAACCCUCUUAUCCCCUAUAGCUUUUCGGGGUGCCACAAUGCAAAUGCUGAAGGCACGAAGUGUAAAUGUGAAGACACAAACUUAUUCUGGAUACAAGGAUCAAUUUAGUUUGGAGAUUACAGGUCCUAUCAUGCCUCAUUCUCUACAUUCAGUGACCAUGCUACUCAAAUCUUCACAGAGUGGGUCAUUUUCUGCAGGACUGUAUACACAUGAGCCAACUGCUGUAUUUAAUAUCUGCCCACCAAUAGAAAAAGUACUGGAUAAGGAGACCACUCCUGAGGAGCUUGCCAACUGUGGAUUGCACCCUAAAACUCUGGAUCAACUUAGUCAAGUACCAAUAUUGGGGAAAUCAUCUUUACGGCAUGUGGAAAUGAGUGACUACAUUUAUAAUUGGAGAUCCUGAAUAUCAAAGUAAGCCUAAAAGGAAUCUUUGAGGAAAAAAGCCUUCUAGCAAGGAAAUUCAAGAUUCUUAUACCUUUGGCUUUAAAGUUCAUUUUGGAAGUUAAAUGAACAUUAAUUACCUUAAAAGUGUUAAAAUGUUUAAAAUGUUAAUCUAUUACAUUAACUUUUAUUACACACAUUAAGCAAUAGGAUUGAGGUUUUAAAGUUUUACCAUUUUGGUAAGAGUCAGAUAUGAAAGUACUACAACUUCUUUAAAAACUCAAUGAAAAUUUUAGAUUCCCUAGAAUAUAAUUAUAAAACAAGCAGAAAACUGUUUCUUUGCAAAUGGGAAAUUGAGGCUGACUUAGUAUCAACUGUCUCAUGGCAUUCUGACUAAUGGCAUUAGGGCAAAACUGUAUUUGUAGGGCAAAACAAUUAAGUAGGUUCUAGUUUUAUGAAGGUAGAAAACAAACGUAGUCAACAUGUAUGGAACUGGCUGUUGAUGCUUCUACCCAUAGCUGCUUUCCUACUAAUUUACAAUUCCUCUAUUCUCAAAUAUAUUAAACUUGUUUUUUAUAAUGCAUGUUAAUCCAGAUAAGGAUAUUUUGUAUUCCACACAGAAGAACACUACAAACUGUUAAUUAUACUCUUAUGGUACAGAAUUUAAUGUUCUGGGUGUGUGUGUGUGUGUGUGUGUGUGUAUGUGUACGUGUGCAUGUGUAUAUAUAAAUUUUCUCAAAUAAAAGUGCUUAGAUAA